UUUCGCAGUCAAUUAUACUUGACUUUGCUCGUUCUCACCGACUGUCACUCACAGGUAGCCGUGUCGGAACUAUAACCACAGUCAAAGCUAAGCUUCUGCUUCUUUUUUCUCUAUCUCGCUGACACUAACUAUCAUCGGAAACGGUAAGUGAAACCCUACGUGCGUGUUUCUUCGGGUUGAAACAUCAUAUCCCCUCCAAGAUCUGAAUCUACGCAAUGUAAUGUAACGCACUACUUCUCCAGUAGGAUCCAGAAGAACCAAACUCAUCAAUGAGCAAAAUCCGUCGCUGCCAGAGGAUUUUCAUCCUCUCUCUUCUCUCUCUCUCCGUCGUCGCUCCCCUCGUCUUCGUCUCUCACCGCCUCAACCUUCUCACUCCUCUCGGAAGAAGAGAGUUUCUCGAAGAGUUAUAUCGCGCUGCAUACAGGACGGAUACUUUGAAGUUAAAUGCUGUAGAACAGGAAGCUGCUGAAGAAUUAGAUGAACCAAAUCAAGUUGUUUAUACGGAAAAAGAUUUUGUUUCAACAAUUGGUUACGAUUCAGAAAACAAUCAUGAUUCUAACGAAUCUAGAAAUGCGGGAUACAGAGGCGCCACUUUGGAAAUAAAUGGUUUCAAUCAACACGGAAAAGAACACCAGGGAACUCAGCAGAAUGAUUUAUCCUUCACGUCUCAAGGUAGGAAUAUACAUGAUUCACAGAGACUGUUAGAGAAGAAUAUUGAAGUAACAACCAAGAAGGUUCAAGAGAUUAAGAAUCAACUUAAUUUAGCCAAGGCAUACUUGAAAAUUGCACCACCAAGCAGCAAUUUGCGCUUGAGAGAUUUGGAGCGGCUAUCAAGAGAGAUGGAAUUAGUAGUUGGUGAAGCCACCCAGGAUUCAGAUCUGUCAAUGAGUGAAGUUCACAGUGCUUUGCAGAAAAUGAGACACAUGGAAGCUUCACUGUCUAAAGUCUACCGUGCUUUUCCUGACUGUUCUAAUAUGGCUGCCAAGCUCAAUACAAUGAAGCGUCAGGUUGAAGAGCAAGUCCGUUCUCAGCGACAUCAAGCAACAUAUCUUGUACAUCUUGCUGCAAGGACUGCUCCAAAAGGCAUUCAUUGUCUUUCUAUGCAGUUGACUGCAGAGUACUUUGCAUUGAGGCCAGAGGAGAGAAAACUUCCAAAUGAAAAUAAUAUUCAUCGCACAGAACUUUAUCAUUAUGCUGUCUUCUCUGACAAUGUUCUGGCAUGUGCAGCAGUUGUUAACUCUACUAUCUCAUCUGCCAAGGAACAGGGGAAACUUGUUUUCCAUGUAUUGACCAAAUCACUCAACUUACCAGCAAUCUCAAUGUGGUUCUUGAUAAAUCCUCCUGGGAAAGCUACAGUCCACGUACAGAGCAUAGACAACUUUGAAUGGUUGUCCAAGGACAAUUCCUUCCUGGAAAGUAACUCCAGCGAUCCAAGAUACACCUCUGAAUUGAACUACCUACGUUUCUAUCUUCCGGACAUUUUUCCUGCUCUAAAUAGGGUUGUGCUCUUUGAUCAUGAUGUGGUGGUACAACAAGAUCUCAGUGCACUGUGGAAUAUGGAUAUGAAGGGAAACGUAAUUGGAGCAGUUGGAACUUGUCAAGAAGGAAAAAUCCCAUUUCAUAGGAUUGACAUGUUCUUAAACUUUUCAGAUCCAUUAAUUGGAAAGAGGUUUGAUAUCAAUGCUUGCACAUGGGCAUUUGGGAUGAAUUUGUUUGAUUUGCAACAGUGGAGGAGACACAAUUUAACUGCUGUCUAUCACAAUUAUUUGCAAAUGGGGUUGUCGAGCGUUGGAAGUCUACCUUUAGGCUGGCUCACUUUCUAUAACAAGACAGAGUUGUUGAAUAGACAGUGGCAUAUUCUUGGCCUUGGUUAUAGUUCAGAUGUCGAUCGAAAUGAGAUUGAGCGGGCUGCCGUUAUACACUAUGAUGGUCUUAGGAAGCCGUGGUUGGAUAUUGCCAUGGGCAGAUACAAAAGUUUUUGGACCAAAUAUGUGAAUUAUGACAACCAUUUUUUGCAACGGUGCAAUCUCCAGGCAUAGUUCAAAAUUUAAAGUUCCCUCGACCCGAUUUGAGUGGGCUUCGGUUGUUGACAGGCUCGAGGGUUCAUUCACGGAUUGCUUCACGUUAUUAUUUCUUCAAUUCUUCUUUAGAGUUUUCCACAUCUCUGACUACCCCAAAUUUCCUUGCAUUUAUUUCUGGAACUUUGGCAAAUUAUAGUCAAGAUGAAGAUUCAGUAGCUGCUUGCAGAUGCAAUUGGUUGUAUAUAUAAAUAUUUAGUGUCUCUUAAUUUAUACCGACAUUCUCUGCUAUUCGGUGUGUAUUUGGUUGGGCGACACAAGGCCUGAAUGUGAUUCAUGUUGAAGCAACUCAUACUUGCUUUCCUGUUAGAAGAGAUUUUAAUGUGAAUUUGGAGCAAAUGUGGGUCUUGCCCAGUUCCAUGAUGCAUCGACUGGGAGCUGGUUUAUUUACUUAGAAGAACACAAUUGCAAAUUGGGAUGACGGCUGUGUUUUGAAUUGUUCCGUGCGGAUGAUUUGAUCUCUAGUCUUUACAAAGUGGAAAGGAGUGACGUCUUCAUAGUGUUUAUGAUGGUUUUUUUUUUUCUCAUUCUCUUUCCUAUGGUGUGGCUAUGAAAUAUCAGAAGUUAUAUUGGUCACGAGGGUAUUACUAGGAAGGUUUGGAAAUCAUACUGCACGAAAGGCAGCAGGCCUAUUAUUAGUAAUUGAAGUUACAUUUUGAGUGAUUUGUUUGAAAUGCUGAUUUUUUUUUUUUUUUUAUAUUUCAUUUUCAUGUGGCUGUGUAACGAUCCCUCUAGUUUUGUAAUCCUGGGAAAUUUUUCC